CCUGAGGCUCCUUGCACUUAGUGGUUUCUCCCCUUCUGCCAGCAGCAGCCGACGCAAGGCUCAGCAGAGAUGUCUUCCCACCAGCAGAAGCAGCAGCAGCAAAUACCAGCCCAGUGCCAGCAGAAGUGUCCCCCGAAGGGCGUGGAGCAAUGCCAGGCCCCCAAAGGACAGACCAAAUGCCCCGUGAAGAGCAUCCCACAGCAGCAGCAGCAGCAGCAGUGCCCCAAGCAGAAGUAGAGCUCCCAGCAGCGGCCAUGAAGGGCUGUGGAGGAUGCAAAAGCGUCUUUCUGUGCUCUCUUU